AUGAGUUUUAGGGCGCUUUUGCGUGAGGAAGCACGACUCAGCAUUUUGGCUACAUUCACCCGUUGCUCAAUACCCUUUUUGUGUGCGUCUGUGCCGCUGCGCAAGCAUUAUUCCAGCGAUAGCCAGUCGACGCCCGAAUCCUUUUCGCAUGUGCAUUUCGACACGUUCCCAUCCAAAGAUCACGGAUCAUCACACGAGGGGGAACCCCCGCCACCUGAUUCACCGCUGGGCGAGACCGAAGAGCCGCCGCCCAACGAGCACGCAGUUAUCUCCAUGUUUGACCUAUUUUCCAUCGGUAUUGGCCCUUCUUCUUCGCACACUGUGGGACCAAUGCGCGCAGGUGCCAUCUUCCUCAACGAUUUGCGCGAUGCAGGCAUGCUGGCUUCUGUUCACCGGAUAAAGCUUGCACUUUACGGAAGUCUUGCGGCAACUGGAAAGGGGCACAUGACACCACAAGCGCUCCUCCUUGGCCUCGAAGGUGCCGAUUGCGAAACAGUCGACACGGAAAGUGUGCCUACACGAUUCCAGUAUAUCCAAGAGCAAAAUAAGCUUGUGCUUGGCAAGGAUACACCUCAAGAUGGGCCUCCUCAAGAGGUCGUGUUUGACUACGAGAGGGAUCUGGAGUGGAAAUGGGGUCAAACGCUUCCGAUGCACUCAAACGGGAUGCGCUUCAGCGUAUUUAAUCAGGCUGGGGACUUGCUCGCGACCAACAGCUUUUAUAGCAUUGGCGGGGGUUUUGUCGUGAACGGAAAGAUGGCCGUCACAGACAAGCCUGGGCCGCGGGAUCCAAGCGAGACUACGAUGAACGAGCAGGGCGAGUACAAAGCGCAACUCGAGAAAGCCGAAAUGUCUAUGGCAGAGCCAGUUUUGCACGAUUCCGAGCAAGAUCUUGCAUCGAAAAAGGGUCAUCCGGUGGACUUAAACGAGAAUGUAUUUUACAAGGCCUUGCGCCGCAGCCAGGCAGAUGGCGAUCGACGCAACGGCGUACGGGCAGAGUCUGUUGCGAGCCUCGACAAGCCGAUUGGUCUGCUGCCCUCUGGUGAAGAAAGGGUAAUGGAAAAAGACGCGCCAAAAACACCGCGCUUUCCGUUCCAUAAUAUGGCAAGCCUGCUCGCCAUCACACGCAAGUACAAUCUCACCAUUGCGCAAGUCGUUUAUGAAAAUGAGCUGAGCUGGUACACGCCCGAGGAAAUUGACGAAAAAAUGGUACGCAUUUGGACGGUUAUGGACGAAGGGAUUCGCGCAGGUGUACUGAGCGAGCAAGAGACCUUGCCGGGCUCGCUGCGCAUGAAACGGCGCGCGCCACAACUAUACGCAAAGCUGAUGCGCGGCCUGUACAUGGGACCGCGCAGACUGGGCAACAAGUCCGAGCCUACCAGCGAUAAAUUUCUCGCCGAGGACGGCAAGUUGCUGGACGAGCCACGCACAGCCUCGGAUGGGCCGCAGUUGCCGACAAGGGCCGGUCGAACGCGAAUGCGCCCAAGCGUGCGUGGCUCUUUUCACCACGAGGUGAUGCCCGUUCCCCAGCGGCGGCCCAAUUUUCCCGCCAUGGACUGGCUUUCUUGCUGGGCAAUUGCAACGAAUGAGCAAGUUGCAGCGGGUGGUCGAAUCGUGAUUGCUCCGACACUGGGCGCUGCAGGAAUCAUUCCUUCCGUGUUGCGAUACGUUGUGGAGUUUGUCGCGAUCUCGCCAGAGGACGAGGAGAAUUUAGUGCGCACUUUUCUACUUACAGCUGCUGCCAUAGGCAUGCUAUUCAAGCGAGGCGCGACCAUCAGUGCCGCGGAGGGCGGGUGCAUGGCCGAAGUGGGCACUAGCUGCUCCAUGGCCGCAGCUGCGUUUGCCGCGUGCAUGGGCGCAAGUCCCGAGAUCAUUGAGCAAGCCGCAGAAACGGCAAUUGAGCAUAAUCUUGGAUUGACCUGUGAUCCUGUGGAUGGGCUGGUUCAAGCGCCUUGUAUCGAGCGGAAUGCGGUUGGCUCGGUGAAGGCUGUUGUCAGCGCAAACCUUGCCUUGUCUUCGGGGGGUGUACACUCCAUCUCUCUUGACGAAGCAAUUCACGCCGCGCGGCUUACUGCGGCAGAUAUGCACAUGAAGUACAAAGAGACGAGUUUGAGCGGCCUUGCUACAACGGUCAAGAUUCCCGUUGCUAGCGGCGUGCUGGGCGCACAUCAAAAUUCGGGCGCUCCAUUUGGCGCAAGGGCUCCUUCGCAGCAAGGUGGUUUGUUUGGUGGGGGCGGUGCGACACAGCAGGCGUCUGCAGGCGCAGCGCAACAGUCUGCUAGUGGAGCAUCACAGGUGCAGACGGGCGGUUUGUUUUCCCAGCAAGGGCAAGGGCAAGGCCAACAAACAGGUCUCUUUGGCCAGCAAGGACAAGGGCAAGGCCAGUCAACAGGUCUUUUUGGCCAGCAAGGACAAGGGCAAGGCCAGUCAACAGGUCUUUUUGGCCAGCAAGGACAAGGGCAAGGCCAGUCAACAGACCAGUCAACAGGUCUCUUUGGCCAGCAAGGACAAGGGCAAGGCCAGUCAACAGGUCUUUUUGGCCAGCAAGGACAAGGGCAAGGCCAGUCAACAGGUCUUUUUGGCCAGCAAGGACAAGGGCAGAACCAGUCAACAGGUCUCUUUGGCCAGCAAGGACAAGGGCAAGGCCAACAAACAGGCCUCUUUGGCCAGCAGCCUUCGUUACAGACACCGGCGCAGCCAACGAAUCUCUUUGGUGCUUCGCAACCUGCUGGAAGCACAUUAGGUCAGUCUCAACUUCCCCAGCAAGGCGGUUUUUUUGGUGCGACACAAACGCCACAGAACCCUGCUCAAAAAACUAGUCUUUUUGGCGAAACACAGAGUACAUCAGGCACACAAAGCACGUUUAAUACGCAGAAUGCACAGGGCGCAUCGAGCUCCAGCCUUUUUGGUGCAUCGGCUUUGCAACCUACUCUCGGGACCACAGCGCCGCAAUUCGCACAGCCCGAUAAGAAGCUCGGAAUGCCUAUGAACGCGCAGCUCGAUCGGAUUUGUGCCAGCUGGAACACGACCAACCUCGCUACUUGCCUAUUCCAGUGCUACUUGUACAACCGCGCAAACGAUGCACAAAAUGCCGAGCAACUUACGGUGCGCCGUCAUGAUGCCACUGGCUCUUUGCACGAUGCGCUUUGGGUGCGUGCUGUGCAAGAAAACCCAGAGCCGAGUCGUUUAUAUCCCGUCCUGGCCGUUGGAUUUGGCGAUUUGCAGACGCGUGUCAAUGCACAAACCGCCGAGGCGGCUCGGCAGCGCAGCAAAGUAGCCGAGCUUUUUAAGCAGCUGGUGGCACUCCAACAAAAACACGAUCUCUCUAAUCUUGUCCGUGCCCAAUCGGCCUCACGCAUGCAAAUGUGCAUCCAUCAACGGCUGCUGGGCUUGCUCAAAGACAGCCACCUUCUGAUUCCUGCCCUGCGAGGACAGAGUCUCGCCGCCGCUGAGGAGAACAUGUCGUUUGUCCUGCAGAACUGCGAAGCACAACUCCAGGGCGGAAACACCGAGUAUACGGGCGCUGCUUCGCAGGUCUCGCUGCGUGCGCGAGUCAAUGAGCUUUGGGCACAGCUUGGGAUUGUGCGUGCCAAGCGCGAGGCAUUGCUUAGCAAUGGGCUUGUCGAAAGCGGCGUCACCGAAUGGGCCGUCGUCGACGAGGCCAACUUUGAGGAAAUUGAGCACAUCCUUGCUUCCCUUCAGCAGGGUUUAUCUCAUCUCACCGGCACACUGAAUGCGGAUACCAAGGCACUCGAUAUGAUCUGCGACGGACUUGCGGGUGUGUCACUAGUGGGCGUACGAAAUCGAUAG